AUUCCGAUAGAUUCGCCAACCACGAGCGCGCCAUUGUAUUCAAGAAAAAAAACCCUGGGACAAUAAGAUCGGAUCUUCAAUACCCCACCUUUUCCUCACCUUUUUUUGUUCACGACCUCAACUGAACGAAGCUACGACAAUUUCCCAAGUUGAUAAGAAUUGGGAGCCUUUUUUAAUCCAGAAAACCGCACCCCUCCUUUUUUUCGCAAAUCAGCUUUUUCGCCUGCUCAUUUCUGUCGCAUUUCAGCAACGAAUUAAUUUUGCAAGACAAUCUUACUACAUCACUAAACAACAUCUCAGUUAAUUGUUAGUUCGCAAUGGCUGAUACUUCUGCCACUUCCCAGCUACCUCCGCCGCCGCAGCCUAAUGCUGGCGCGCCUGGAUUUGACAACCAGAAUGGCCAGGCCAAUCCCACCCACAUGCCGCCGCCGCCUCUUCACAUCCCGCCGAACACAAACCCCAUCCCUACAGCCAUCACCUCUCCCAUGUCUGCCGUUGACAAGGGAGGCGUCAUGUCUCCUAGCAGUGGAGGCCCAUUCCCGCGACGUGCAGCACCUGAGCCUAAUAAGCGCGCCUUGUAUGUAGGCGGUCUUGACCCUCGCGUCACAGAGGAUGUCUUGCGCCAGAUCUUCGAAACCACCGGGCAUGUUCAGAAUGUCAAGAUAAUCCCAGACAAGAACCAAAAGGGAUAUAACUAUGGUUUCGUCGAGUACGAUGACCCUGGCGCGGCUGAGCGUGCUAUGCAGACGUUGAAUGGUCGACGUGUCCACCAAGCUGAGAUUAGAGUCAACUGGGCCUAUCAGUCCAAUACUACUAACAAGGAGGACACAUCGAGCCACUUCCACAUCUUUGUCGGCGAUUUGUCCAACGAAGUCAACGACGAAGUCCUGCUGCAAGCCUUUUCGGCUUUUGGAACCAUCUCGGAAGCUCGUGUUAUGUGGGACAUGAAGACUGGGCGUUCUCGCGGUUACGGCUUUGUCGCUUUCCGAGACCGUGCGGAUGCCGAGAAAGCCUUGAGUUCGAUGGACGGCGAGUGGUUGGGUUCUCGUGCAAUUCGAUGCAACUGGGCCAACCAGAAGGGGCAGCCUUCAAUGGCUCAACAGCAGGCGAUGCAAGCUAUGGGCAUGACGCCUACUACCCCCUAUGGUCACCACCAUUUCCCUACCCAUGGAAUUCAGAGCUACGACAUGAUUGUCAACCAGACGCCGGCUUGGCAGACUACCUGCUAUGUCGGUAACCUGACCCCCUACACCACUCAGAAUGACGUCGUCCCCCUCUUCCAGAAUUUUGGCUAUGUCACCGAGUCCCGAUUCCAAGCUGAUCGAGGCUUUGCAUUCAUCAAGAUGGAUACCCACGAGAAUGCUGCCAUGGCCAUCUGCCAAUUAAACGGAUACAAUGUCAAUGGACGACCUCUGAAGUGCAGCUGGGGUAAAGACAAGACUCCCAAUGCCCAGGGAAGUUUCGAUCCUUCGCAACAAGCAUUUAGCCCUCAAAGUGCCCAGGCGUCUGCGUACCCAGGCACGCCGUCGACCUUCUUCCCGCAAUAUGGAGCGGGUCAGUAUGGUGGUCAGCAGCAACCCUACGGUGGACCGCCAGCUCAGUCGCCUGCUGGUUAUGGAGCGCAGCCCAUGGGCUAUGGCGGUCCGCCGAGUGCUGGGGGUUACGGCCGCGGUCAGCAGCCGCCUAACCAGCCGUGGACGCAGCCGCCACCUGCUCAGAGUUUCAACAGUGGAUAUCCUGGGUACCAGGGUUAGCGGUCCUAGGGGGGGUUGAUUUCUUGGAGGAGCGUCUGGUUAACAAGUUCCCUUCGGAUGUGCACGCUACUUACAUUCCCCCUAUUUUAGUCUGGUUGCUCAGUAGAUGGAUGCGCGUUCGAGCAUAGACCCUUUAGGUAUUUCGAUGGAACGCAAGCCACGCCAAUUGGGGAUUUCUCUUUAGAUGACGCAUUCCAGUUUUUGCUUG